AUGGCAUUGGGGCAGUGUGCGUGGCACACCUGGCAGCUGGACUGGCUGCAUGUGAGACAGCUGGCACAUGCAGAAAUACUCUUUGUAAAUCGAAAGGAAUGUGCUUUAUUGGUGUUUAAGAAGGAGAAAGGAAUUAUUCUGGAUCACCACUGUUGCUUCUUGUGUAGGAAGCGUCUAUUCAGCAUGAUCAAUGAACUACCAACGGUGUUUGAAGUUGUGACGGAAAUAAAACACGUAAAAGAGAAGCCCACUGCCGAUAGUGGAAGCAAAUCUCGUGGUAGCACAAAGAAAUCUACUGAUGGACAGGCUAAAAGCACUCCAAAGCUGGCAGAUGAAAUUGACAAGGAGGAAGAAGAAGAACAUGGUGAGACACUAUGCGGCAGCUGUGGUGGGAAUUAUAGUGCUGAUGAAUUUUGGAUUGGCUGUGACAUCUGUGAGAGGUGGUACCAUGGGAAAUGUGUUAAGAUAACUCCCGCUAAAGCUGAGAGUAUAAAGCAAUAUAAAUGCCCAUCGUGCAGCUUGAAGCGGGCAAGACAGUAGUUGUUUCAUGAACCAUGAGGGGACCAUAAGUGUUACUGAUCUGACCAUUAACAGAAUAGUAUAACAAUGUUGCAUUUGUAAUGGUUUAUCUUAUAGUGAUGUUUCUUUACGCUACGCUUGGAAAAGAAAUGUAAUUUUUAUCCUUUAAUUCAUGUCCGGCUGUUCGGCCAAUAUAUACAAAAACUUUUUAGUUAUUGUAAAGGUUCUGUAAUGUUAAUGGAUUUGUAGUAGUUGAUAAACUGAUUGUUGCAUUUGGAUUCUUGUUGA